AUGCAUAUGAAACAAAAACUCUUUUUCCUCUUAGUAUUUGCUGGAGUAACAACAGCAGUUGACAACCUAACAGGUUCACUAUGCAGCACAUGCACUCCCACAUGUUCAUCACCACCCUCUACCACCAACCCACCACCAUCUCCGCCUGCGGUCACGUUCAAAACACCACCAUCUCCGCCUCUGGUCACGUUCAAACCACUACCAUCUCCGCCUGCGGUCCCAUCCAGGCCACCAUCAUCUCCAAAACCGGUCCAUAAUGCUCCGCCGCCACCAAGAUUUUACUAUUUUGAUUCGCCGCUAGAUGUAACUCCACCACCACCAACUUACAUUUCGUCGGGUGGUGACAACCAUGGUCCUCCAUCUCCGUCAUUCGUGUACUUCCCGACACAGCCGGCUGCUGCUGGCGGUGGUCGUGGACCUGGUGGUUUCGGACAAAACAGUGACCCGUAUCCUUACUACAUGUAUGAUUCAAAGGCUGCUUCUUGGUCUUCAGGGAUUUUGUGGAGUAUAAUGUUGUUAGUAUGUGUUUCUUGUGGGAUCAUCAUGUAG